GAUGGCAGUUAUGAAAUUCUCCCAACUUCUAUUCUUUCAUUCUGAUAUAAUUUAUACAGCUCAGUGAAAUCUGUUUACAAAUAUUAAAUAUGGCUGCCAGUGCAGGAAUCCAGGAUUCAGCGUCUAGUUUGGAGUUUAACGAAAAAUGUGGAAGUGGAAUUGUUUUAAGCCACAAUCAACGAAGGGCAGCUCGAUCACAUCCAGAAUCAGAAUUUGACAAUGGUUUGGUGUUUAGUAAAGCUAUUUUAGUAGAGAGAACAUUAUUCGAAGUCGUAAUUGAGAAAAAAAUGACACUUUGGUCGGGUUCGUUAGCAAUAGGAGUGACAAAAUGCGAUCCCAGUGCGUUUGAUACUGUCCCAGCAAGUAUCUCUCAUUUACGAGAUGGCACUUGGGUUCUUGCUGGAAGUAGUGUGCUGCAAGACGGUCUGUCCAUUCGGGACGAUUAUUCUGCCAACCUGGAAGAAUUAAAGGUCUCCGAUAGGGUGGGAGUUAUGUUAUUAGAGGGGGGGAAAUUGCAUUAUUUCAUCAAUGGUAAAGAUAUGGGUUGUGCUGUCAAAGACAUACCCAGUCAAGUUUUUGUUGUGAUUGAUGUAUAUGGACGGUGUUCGGAAAUAAAACUUUAUUCAGGCGAUAUGGAUGAUGACACAAGUUCAGAUAUCAAAACUAAUGACAAAGACAUGUUUCUAACUGAUAACAAUACACUGCAUUUUCAUCCACAAUGUGGUUCUCAUGUAAAACUCACAAACAACAGAAAAACUGUGUUGAGAACAAACCCAAAUGAGGAUUUCAACUUUGGAAUAGCAUUGACAUCCCGAACUUUGGCAUUAGAUGAACUUCUUGAAGUAGAAAUCGAGGAAGUGAUUGAUAAAUGGGCUGGAUCACUGGAGAUUGGUGUGACCACUCAUGCCCCUGGUACAUUUUCACUCCCAGGUACCAUGACAAAUUUUACAACUGGCACAUGGAUGUUUUCUGGGGGUGCCAUUGUUCAUAAUGGUGUCACAAUCCUUGAGGCAUAUGGAAGAAAUACUGCUUCAUAUAAGGUUGGGGACAAGCUGGGUGUCUGCAUUCAAUCAGAUAAGACUUUGCAUUUCUAUUACAAUGGGAUGGAUCUUGGCCCAGCUACAUCGGAUCUUUCAACACCUUUCUAUGGAGUUGUUGAUAUCUAUGGUCAGGCUGUGAAAGCAAGCAUUGUGAAGAGUGAUGCAAACAAAGAAACUCUGCCACCAAGCAAUACAGUUCCUACCACUCAAGAUUUGCAAAUUGUUGCUGGUGGCACUGAUAACCAGACGGCUGCAGAAAGAGUCCUUAAAUUCAGUGAAUCACAUGGUCGUUUGAUAGUGUUAAAUGAAGGCAGAACAGGAGCCUCGAGACUUAAUGCUUUAACAGAGUUCAACCAUGCAGUUGUUAUAAGUGAACAACCAUUAGAAGAUGACCAGCUUUUUGAAGUCGUAAUCGAGCAGAUUACAGAUAGGUGGUCAGGUUCACUUGAGGUGGGAUUAUUGAGCCUUGCUCCACCUGACCUGGAGUUGCCAAUCACCUUGACGGACCUUAACCACCAUUGCUGGGUCGUUAGUGGCGCAAGUGUGAUGCAUGAUGGGACAACGAUAAUUAAUGGCUAUGGCACAGAUCUUGAUAAGUUGGAAACGGGAACUAAAGUUGGUGUAAUGAGAAAAUCAGAUGGGACAUUUCAUGUGUUCGUGAAUGGUGAAGACAAAGGAACUGCUGCCUCGCUUGUUCCACCAGGUGUUUUUGCCACAUUCGACUUGUAUGGUCAGUGCGUGCAGGUUUCCAUCAUAUCAGAAGAAAUAAGAUCUCUUUGCAAAACCUCAUCUGUCGAGAGUCUCAUAGAUGAAUCAAUGUUAGACUUGAAGUACUCCUUUCAUUCAUGCUGUGGGGAGAACAUAGCCUUCCGUAACCAUGGUCACACCGCUGUCCGCGCACGUAGUUUUAACGAUGGCCUGGUAUUCACUGACAAACCUCUUGAAAACGAGGCCGUGUUUGAAAUCCGGAUCGACAAGUUGGACGAGAAGUGGACUGGUUCCCUGUCGAUUGGUGUGACGUCACACGUACCUCCUACCCAGACCCCGACGCAGAUUAGUGAAUUGAGAAACAACACUGUAUUUCUGUCGGGCUCCUUCGUAUUCCGAGACGAUGUCAAAGUGAGAAGCUGCAGCGUAUCUUUGGAUAGACUGCAAGAGGGAUCUCGAAUAGGUUUGCAGCUUCAAUAUGAUGGCUCAUUACACGUCUUCGUUGAUAGUAAAUACAAAGGUGUUGUAGCGAAUGAUAUACCGCAGGGUGUUUUCGGAGUUGUAGAUGUUUAUGGCAACACCCAGAGUGUCUCAAUCGUAAACACAACAAACCGAAUUCUAUUGGAUUGCUAUGUCAGCUCAGAUGAAGAGACAACAGCCAACCCAAAUCAGAUACCAGAGUCAGAAAUACCAGACCUAAGUUUUCAUACGAAAUGUGGUCUCAAUAUAAUUAUGGAUGCAACAUGUACAACGGCUCGGAGGAAGUCGACAUUCAACGAGGGACUAGUGUUUAGUCGCAACCCGCUGGCGAAUAAAGAAAUGUUCCAGGUUCGUGUUGACUCCCUCAACCCAAGUUGGUCUGGAUCCUUAGCAGUUGGUGUGCUAGCUACUCAUUCCUUGGACAAACUAAAUCUCCCAGCAACCGCGUUAUCGUUGCGUUCUAACUUCUGUGUGUUUGUUCACGGAUCACAGAUUCAUGUCAAUGGAAACAAGAUCGACUCCCAGUACGCGUACAAUUUUGAUGAUCUGCGGGAGGGUGAUAGGGUUGGAGUGAUUUGUGACGAGAGUAAUCGUCUUCACAUCAUUGUGAACGACGUUGACAAAGGUUUGAUCGAUCAUGAAAUUCCGCCAACGAAAUACGCCAUGUUAGAUCUUUAUGGAAGAUGCGAGCAACUAUUUAUCGUGCCGUGUAACAAAAUACCCGAGUUAAAGACUGGGGAAGAGAGCCAGGAGGACGCUGAAAAUGACAAAGUCGAGGAAGAAGAUGCAUCACUAGAGGAGAGCAAAGAUAAAAUGCUCUCCUGUCCAAAUUGUGAAUACAAAACAAGUUGUGAAAGAUUUAAAAUGACCCUUGGAAUACCCGAACAAUACUUUGAGCAAAAUGCUAUAUGUUACUGUUCCACUUGUUGUGAUACCCGUGGUGAGCAUCGUGUCGCAGUCAGCGGUGAUCCACCUCAGGAAUACACUCGUCCAACUGGAUGGUGCAAAUUUGAAUUAAGACUACCUCCGAAUUUGAAUUCUGUCGAAGUGUUCUCCAAGAACCAUUUAGCAUACACUGUUGUGCACGUGGGUUCCAUACGACGAACGCUGGACAGAGGUACCGUUUUGCCACCUCAAAGAAGCAGUCACUUGAUCAGCGGACAUGGAGACAAGAAAAUUGUUGUGUCACCAAGUAUUGUUCGUGCAACGACGCUUACCAAUGUUAAAAAAUUUCUUUUUACAGACACGACGACUGGGAAGCGAUCAAGCAUGCAAGUGGCUUUUGAGAUCCGUUUGCCUUCUCAAGGUUACACGAAGUGCACUGGCACGAACAGUGAGACGGAGUUAGAUGCUAGGGACUGGUAUCUAGAACUGCCCUCAAGAAUUGUCUUAUCUGGUUUACUUGUACAAAUAUCCGAGGAGGAUAGGUGACCGUUGAUUCUCUUCGACUGCAAGUCGAUUGUAAUGGACAGUGUCAUGAAUAGUGUCUAAAAUGCCUGAAAUAUAAGAGACCUUCGUUUCAAACGAAAUCCCCCUUAAAUUAAUUUAAUAUAGGUAACUUACUAGUACAUGCUUUAUUAGGCAUUUUUCAGUCCAAAAGCACUGGGUCUGGUCCCACCGGUCGCUUGUGUGGCCACUAGAGGGCCUUCGUGCAUUCCUAAAGUUGUUUGCCCUCCCUGAAACGCACCAUUGGUAAUCUGACCACUAAUCCCUCUCAGUAUCAAGUGUACCCAGUAUUCUACUCGAUUGUAAAAUAGCUGAUUUUUCUGUUGCCAGUGUUGGACUUUCAAGUGUGAAGUAUUCGUGCAUUUCAUAAAUUUGUACAUUUUGUAAACUAAAACGUUGGAUGUAUCCAUAUAAUGGUAAAGAAUGUAAUUUGUAAAUGUAAUUUAAUUCCUAAUU